ACGAAAGCUUCGUAACAUUUUUUUUUCAUGCCGUAGAAACAGUUUACCAAACACUAUUUUAUAUAGAUAUAGUGCAUAUUUUAAUUUUUAAUAACACUUAUUAACAUAAGGUUUUAAUGCCGAAAACUGGCGAAGUAGUAGAAAAUCAAGUAUCGACAAAUUAAACUAUAGAUGAUAACUUGUCUAUGUUAAUAAACACGAGUAAUUGUUGUAAAGAACAGAACUACACAAUGGGAUAUCUAUCUGCCCAUUACAGAUAUAGAAUUCAGAAACCCGAUUUUUAGUGUUAGCCUUCAAACUUACUACUGAGCAAGCAGAGAGGAAACAAAGUUAUAACAAUACUACAAUUAUAAGAAAAAGAAAGAUGAAAAUAUAUCCUCUGAUAAAAAAGAUUUCUAAUCUGUCCUUGUCAGAAGAUCAUGACUUUGUAACCAUACUUCAGGAGCUUCACCAGUAUCUUUCAGUGUGCUUCGUAGGUGAUAAUGCUUGUGAAAAUUACAAUGAAGAGACUAAAGAAUUUUUCAGCUGCUACAAACAGCUGCUUGACAUUCUUUUGGAUUCUGUCAAAGCCAAUUAUUGUUUUGAUAAGCAAAACAAAAUUUUAUUUGAUGACUUUUUCUUGAAAGGAAAUCCACACACAUCGUUCUUAGUUUUAGUAAAAUCAUUAACUGAAACAAGUCCAAGUUAUAAAAUGGAGAAAAUCUUGGAGUUAUUGGAGAAAUUUCUGAAGAGUGACAAUCCUUACCAUAUUUUUAUAACUAACUGUAAAGUGAAUAACCAAAAGAAAGGAAUGUUGUAUACUCCAGUAACCUCUUUGUGGACUGAUACUAUCACUUACUUAGUAUCUAUUCCAGAAAGAGUUGCAAAUAAGAAGAAACCAGAGAUCAGUUCUGUUUUUACCUUGGAAAAUUAUGCACAUCUUCUAUCAGAAAACAUGAUUAGAACUCUUUGUAAAAUAUGUCGCAACAUGCAGCACAAUGAAGAUGUUAAUCUGGAAUUCCUUAGCAGACUUCUUGGUCGACUUUGUGUAGCUGGGUAUUCAGAUAGUAUAUUGGGUCAAAUAAUACCACAGAUGUUAAAGUUUUCUUCCCAAGACUUCAUUUGGAGACGUGUCUGUUGUAGGCUAGUGGUGGGGGUACCUGGCCAGUGUUUAGAAGCUGUUGUGACACCUGUUCUGCUUCAACUUCCUUGGUAUGGUUAUGUGGAAUGGUUACUUGGAGAAAAUGUCAUUUCUAAUGAAAAACUCAAGUUUCUUUUAACAACAAAACUUCUUCUGAUUAGGCAGUUUCAGCAGGAUUCUAUUCUGAACAACAUACUUGGCUAUCUUGCUCAAGUGCCAUCUAGACAGAUGAUCUUCUUGCAAACAUUAUUGAAAUUGUUAGAUGCUUGGGGAGCUGGAAGUGCACUUCGACACAGAUCAUAUAGUCAACAGUUUUACCUUACCAGAGCUUUGAUGAUAUGCACAGCACAUUUGGGUGGAUUAGAUUUUAGUCUAUAUAAACAAGAACUUUUGACUAAACUGCUACAUGGAGUAGAAAUCCAUAUUGGAAGUCCAGACAACUCAGUUCGCACCUUAGGAAUGGUUGUAGGUGAAAACAUUUCUAAAGUUUUGGAUCCAGAAGGCCCCAAGCUUGUGUUUGAGUAUGAAGUAACCAAUGAUUCUAAACAUUUGAAGUCAUUACUUAAGCUUGAAGAAAACUCUUUGGAUAUUACAAGCUGGUGUGAUCAAAGAAAUGUUUGUGUAACCAAGAAUGUAAGCAGUAUAACAAGAGAGCUAAAGAGUUGUGAAAUAACAGAGGAAAAAGUCAACAGUAGUGACAGUCAGAAAGACAUCAGUGAAGUUCUAGACAGUGAUGAUGACUUAGAACCUUACGACAUGAGCCACGAUGUUGUAUCAAAAAAGCAACCACUUUACAUACGGGAUUGCCUUCAAGGCUUGAUAAAUCAUGAUAAACCUGAAUGGACUGAAGCUUGUCUUAGAACAGCUCAAGCUUUGAUUCAGACAGAACUUGAAGGAGAGUCAGAGGUUGCCUUGGAGUUAGCAAAAGUUCUGCUACAUUUAGAAAAUUCUUAUACAAUUGAUGAUUUUGUGAUCCUUCGACACCAAUCUUUGGUGGCUGUACUUACAAAACAUCCAAAAGAGGUUGCCCUGUAUCUUACUGACCAGUUUUAUGACAGAAACUACAACAUAAGGCAGAGGUUGGAUAUUUUGGAGGUUCUAGCUUCAGCUAGUCAAGAACUUUCAAAGGUGCAUGUACAGGUAACAGCUUCUGACCAUCAAUCAUUUCACUCUGAUGUUAAACAUAAUACUGUGUGGUGGAAGGAAUUGGUAGAGAAAAGGAUAGAAAAUAAGACAAGGAUAAUUUCAAAGGGGAAAAAAGUAGAACCACAAGGAAAAGAAAACAAGUUUGCUGAUGUAGCCGGUUAUUUCUUUUUCCCUUUGCUUCACUUUUAUGACAGGAAAGAAAACACUUUUGAUUUACUGGGAGAAGACUGCUAUGUGCUUGGUAGACUUGUAUAUACUCUUGGUGUGAUAAUGCAUUCUGCAUCAAAUACCACAGUAGCUAAACAGAUGGGUUCAGCUCUUUUGGAAUUUAUCUGGGUCCUGAGAUAUCACACUGAAAAGUUUGUCAGGGAGGCUUUACUGUUUGCUCUAUGUAUGGCAGUCAUCAGUGUCCCAUCCUUUAUUUUAUUAGACAACAAUAGAACAGAAAUCAUGGAACUACAGUGCUGGCUGCAAGACAUCGUGGAACAAGAUCCUAAUCUUGAAUGCAGAAGAAGAGCUGGACAUGUUUUAGCCCUUUUUGCAAAUAUGGUCAAAGAGGUGAGUAAGGAAAUCCCAGUAUCCACCUGCUAGAUGGGUCAACAAAAAUGAACAAGGAAUAUAUUUUAUUCAGUGGUAGUCCCCUGGUGGGACAGCUAUAAUUUUACAGACUUACAAUGCUAAAACCUGGAGUUCAGUUCCCCAUGGUGGACAC